GGAGCAGAUGUUGAAGGAGUUAUUCUUCCUCUUCACUAGAACCAAGUGUCACUGAUCUAGCAUGUCAGAAGUUUGUUCCUUGAUGUAUUUUCAGAUAUUUUGCUAUUCUUACACUAGAGGGCUUUGUUUUAGCAGUUUUUGUGUUAAUCCUCAAACCUGAGAUUGAACAAAAAGGUGCUUUCUCUGGUUCCAGAAAUGUUAGGCAGGAAUCAUCUUGUCAUCUGCAGACACAGAUCCGGUGAUCUCCAUAAAGUACAGGUGUAUCAAAUGGAUCUUCUGGACUGGGAUGGCUGACUAAACCAGUACUUUAGAGGAACCAAAGAUACCUGACUCCAGAUUAAACCAGAGUGCUUGAGUGCAGCUGCAGAACGUGUUUGUGCAAUGUUAGGGUGUUUUAGGGACUUUAGUCACUGAGCUUGACUUUCCGUUGCCCACUCCACACUUCAGUGGAAAGAGGAAAGUCCCAAAUUGACCCUGGUAAUCAAGUCCUUUGCUGGGGGUGGGGUGCGAUCCCAUUAAAGACAGUUUUGGGUGUUUGCGAAAUCUCAUGUGUGUGCAUGCAGGAUAGUGAUUAAAGUGUGUGAUCAGGUAGCACGCCCACACACGGGGCUUUUUAUAACUGCUCCUGAGAUGAAGUGGAAUCCAUCUUUUACUUUUCCCAUUCUUCUCUUGAUGGUUUCCUUAAUAUUAAAGAGCCUCAAUUUACUCCUGCUGAGGAUUAUGAGGGGCUCAAAAACUGGGUGUGGGACUUACUGCAAAAUAAAAGUGAAAUUAGGGCCUCUGCUGGUCAGAUAGCUGCAUAUAUCACAACACACAAACAGAGGAGUGGAAGUAUUAUUAUGGUGCAUGUUUAUAACUGAAAUCACGAUGUGAUAACACUGACUUCUCAAGUAAAAAAAAAAAAAAAAAUAAUGGCCUUAAAAUUUCUCCCUUUUUCUUUGAAGUCUUAUAAAGUCAGACUUUUAACUCCAAUGAGCAGAUCUAGUGGGCCAGCUUGAUCAUUUUAUUGUUUUAUUGUCUUAUAGCUUUUAUUGUUUUGAUUUAUUGUUUCUUUAUUGUAUUAUAUUGUUAUUUUUAUUUGAUUUUAUGUCCAACACUUUGGUUUCCUCUGCUCUUAUAAGUGCUACACAGAUAAUAAAUUGAUUGAUUGAUUAAAAUAUAUUUUAUGUUAGAACUUGUGUGUUUUUUGUGUUAUUUUUCAUAAAGGACGUGUCAGCAAUGCUUUAGUUGGAUAGUUUUCAAAGGAGCAUUAACGUUGUGAUGCAAUUAGGACUUUAUUUGACAGCAGUUCCCAAUUAACUGGACAAUUAAAAAAAUAUAUACUUUCUGUUUUGUGUUUUUGUGUGUACAGUACAGCAGAGUUUCCCUACAUUUCCUUGGAGCUGGCCCGUGAUUCACAGGUGUCACCUUUCUCCUUGGGGUGCUGCUGCUGCUGCUGUUUUAUCUCAUUGAGCUUCUAGAGAAAUUCAAGGUUAGGUGUUUUGAUCUGGUUUUCAAAAUACUAACUGUCAGACAAGGCGGAAAUGCAAAAAAAGAUCACUAUUCGGUCGCAGCCUUCACCUCUUUUCCUGUCUCGGUCGGUUUGAUUAGGUGCUUCGAUCGCUUGUGUUUCGGUUUAAAGCGAAAGUACCGAGAAGUGUCAAAGUGGCGUUCAUUCGACCAGAUGAGCGCUGGCGCAGCUGCGCUCUAGGUGCGCUGGGAUACGCGUGUGUGUGUGUUUGGACUCCAAACUUUCUGCUGCUUCUUCACGUUUGCAUCCGUCUGUGAACUUGAUCGCUUAUCUGAAUGACGUGAAAAGAACGAAAUGAUGUGUUUUGAUCCAUUUUUGUUUUUUGGAGGAUUUGCGUAUUUCUGACGUUACUUUCUAAAACAAAUAAGCCUCAUUUUUUUACGUUGUUGCUUAUCCGAGACUUUUUCUAUUGAUGCCAAGGGUGGUUAUGACCAUGAACGGCGACCACCAGCUGGCUGCCACGGCACCGCUGGAUUUGACAACAUCAGCGCGGCGGCGCACAAACGCGGGAUCCAAGGAUCAGGACUGCGCUCUUUGCGUCGGGGACGCGCGGGUGACGAGCGGCUCCCCGUCGCCUCCUGCAAGCACCGGGACGGGCAGCGCGGACUCCCAGAGCAGGAGCGCGCCUCGCAAACGCCCGACGGACUCACCUACCUCUAAGCUUCCCUUGAGGAAACGCCCGAUUCCUGCAGAGCCAAAGAGCGAGGAGCCGCCACCGGCCCCCGCGGUAAACCCUGACCGCACCUCUCCCACGGAACUCACGAAUUUGCCAUCUCGGGAGAGUGGUUUGGGAAAAAGCAGGGUUGGAGUUGCACCAAUAACUCCCAAACUCCCAGACAGAUUGUCAUGGUGCAUUUUGCCACCUGUUAAUUGUGUUCAUCCAGUUUACUACCUUCCUCCAGUCCCAGAGCCGCCCUACCCACCCACUUAUCCGCCCGAAGACUUGCUGGCUAGACUUUCUCUGGCUACUCAUCAAGAUGAAGAUGGAGACACAGCUCUCCACAUUGCUGUGGUGCAGGGAAACUACGCCAUUGUCAGCAAACUUAUCCAACUUUUGCUGUGCGCUCGCAGAGGACUUGACAUCUACAACAAUCUUCGUCAGACUCCUCUUCAUCUUGCAGUCAUAACAAAGCAGCCUAACAUAGUAGAUGCUCUGCUGGGAUCAGGAGCCGAUCCCGCCGCGUUGGACCGCCACGGCCAAACAGCGCUCCAUCUCUGCUGUGAAUAUGACCAGCGUGACUGUCUGUCUGCACUGCUGUCUCGAGCUUCAUCCUCCCCGUGCCUGGAGGUUAGAAACUUUGAGGGUUUAACCCCCCUGCACAUGGCUGUGCAGCAAGGCCAUCAGGAUUUGGCUAAAAUGCUGCUGGAUGCUGGAGCUGACAUCAAUGCUAUGGACAUCAAGAGUGGCCAGAGUCCUCUUGUGCAUGCUGUGGAGAGCAAUAACGCAGGCAUGGUUCACUUCCUCAUUGAGAAUCGAUGUGACGUCAACAGACAGUCGUACAGCGGGAACACUGCCCUGCAUGUGGCCUGUGGCCGAGGUCAGGUAGACAUCGUGCGGGUGCUGCUUAAAAGCGGAGCUGACAGCAGCCUGAAGAAUUACCACAAUGACACACCUGUCAUGGUGGCCAAGAACAAAAAAAUCAUAGAUGUGUUACGGGGGAGAGGGACCAAACAGAUCAGAGACUGCAUGUCAGUAUUAACACAUGGGAGCACCUGCAUGGAAAAUGGAUCACCAUCUUCCAACCACAGCCGCGGAUCCUCACCCUCAACAACGCCCCACAGCUUUCAUCCAAACCACUCUCCAAGGACUUCAUCUUCACAGUUUUCCUUUUAUUAACACAUUACCAACCAGUGGAAUUUGCAACUACCUCCAAACAAGAAAGCAUCAAAGAGACUUUCAGAUACCAGUGCUCUGGACUUUCAGGGUCAAAUUCAAACUCGGUGAUGUUGAAACUACAAAAUUCCUGAUGGAAUCUGACUGAACUGAAGUUCACGACUAAACACAGUCAUCGCCACAGCUCUCUUAUUUCAAUUCAUGUGAUCUUCAUGGAACUGUGGACAUAAAUAUUUCUCUGUUUUGCCACUAGAACAUGAAGAGUCGAAUUACUGACUUCUUUUAUUGUUAUAAGAAGAAAAACUUCCUUUACACCUGAACAGUAACAAAAUAUACAAAUGUCUUGUCUUCUUCUACAUGUAUGUGUGUGUGUUUUGUAAUAUGUGCUGCUUGUCAAUAAAAAUGCAAAAUGUA